UGAAUUUGAAGUUACAAAGGAAAGAAGUCAGUCGCUGUGUCCUCAUAAGAAGACGUGAUAAUUUCCAUAAACAAUCAACGAUGAUGAAACUAUGAGGCUAGUUUAAGUUAAGACCCUAAGAGCAGCUAUGGAUCCAGCUAAGAGGACAACACUCAUUGAGUGGGUUAAUUCUGUGGAUGAAGAAAAGCAGAUCCAAUCUUUGUUUGACCUGCGAGAUGGAAAGCGACUCAUUGAUUUACUCAAACUAUUGGAACAGUUUGAGUGUAAGGAAGAAAUAACUGAAGUAAAACAGCGACUAGACUUCAUUCGAAAGGUUUUGGAAGGUGUUUUCAAAGUAAACUUUGUGGAGUCGAAACUGAUAGAUUUUGAUCUGAUUUUGUCAUCUGGUGACAAGGAAGAUGAAGACAUUGAAUUUGAACUGGCAAAGGUUCUGCUGGGCGUGUUUGGGAUGGCUGUCCAGGAUGCGAACUGUCAGCUGUUUGUGGUGCCUGCCAUGAAUCUCAGUGAGUUUAUUCAGCUGAACAUCAAGGAGGUCCUAGAAUCCAUGUUGUCAUCAGCCAGCUCGGAGAGUGCCCUGCCCCCGGACUUCGUGGACAUCCUCACUCGGACAACAGAAAACAGUCACGCUCAUCGCGAUGCUACUCUUUUCUUUCGACUAGUGGCUCAGGGCUUCCCGACUACGCCCGUGGUUGACCAGUCUUUCAACUACAGUGGUAGCUUUAGUGCAAUGGGAGACUUGAAACAAAGUCCGCAGUUGUCCCGUGUUGCUAACACCAGCGUGUGUUCAGUGCGUGACAUAUCGUCCCCGCUGCGCAUGCUGACACUGGCUAGCUCUCCGAUCGGGGAGUUCAUGCAGUCCCCCCACCUCACACACAAGAUUCUGCAGAGGGAGAAGGAUCAGAGAAGUAAGCUCGAGGUGAUGUUGCGGCAGAAGGAACAGGAGAUGAAGAGGCUGGAAGUGGCGCUGAAGAAUGAAGCUCAUCUUCGCCAGGAGCUUGAGUUGGAUCUCAAGGAGAAGGCAAUGGACAUUGACAACCGAGAGAGCAAGAUCCGUGAUCUACAGAAACAGCUGCAGGAGAUGAGGAAGCUGCGUGACCACCUGGACGAGUUGGACACGCUGAGAGCGGAAAAUGACCAGAUGCAGAAGGAGAUGGACAGGUACAAGUCCAAGCUGGAGCAGAUGUCUGACCUCAGAUCUCAGUGUGCCUACCAGGAAAAGGAAAUCAAGUCGCUUCUUGAAGAAAACAGAAAGAACAAGAAUGAUCUGCGCACGAUGGAGUCUAUCCAAGCUGGGAACGAGGACUAUCGGAUCCGGAACCACCGCCUGACGCUGCAUGUGGACGAGCUCGAGAAACAGCUGCUUCAGAGAGAAGAAGAGAGGAAGAAGGUGGCAUCAGAGCAGGAGUCCCUGCAGCACCAGCUCGACCAGGCUCGUGAGAUCAUCUCCCGUCAGAAGGAAGACCUCGAGGACGUUCUCACAGCCCCUGCUGUCGGGGAGUCGAUGUCCGUGGUGUCUGACAAACGCAUCACAGAGUUGGAGGCUGAUCUAGCCCGCCUACAGGAAACAACAGUUGCCUUGGACACCCACAAGUCAACCGUGUCUCACUUGGAGGAGAUGACUCGCACCAGAGAUGCAUUUGAGCAAAACUACCUGGCUGCAAGGAAAAGCCUUAUGGCAACAGAGGCCCAGAUAGCAGAGCUCAAGUGUCAGCUGGAGAAGUACGAGAGUGAGGUGACGCAGCUGACGGACUCGCGGCGUGAGCUGCAGGCUGAGUUCCGCGGCCAGGCUCAGCAGCUGUCCCAGUCCCAGCUGGAGGUGCAGAAACUCACCACGCUCAGAGACGCCAACCUGGAGAACAUUGCCACUCUUGAAACAGACCUCAACAAGUCCAGGACAGACCUUAAUCUGGCUAAUGCAGAAAUAUGUGCCCAAAAGGAAGAGUGUUCCGGUCUGCAAGAGAAUCUCAGUAAGCAGAGAAAUGGAGAAGUCAAACUUAAUGAGCGUAUCCGAAACCUGGAGACUGAAGCUGAGGACUCCGCCCACAAGUAUGAGAUGACCCUAGCAGCUCGGGAUCAAAAGGUGGAGGACCUCACCACUCAGCUGGGGGACAUGGUGUCUGAGGUGAAGCAGACAGCCCUCCAACACGAGCAGAUGGUCACUGAGAAACAGGAUGAAGUCUCUGUCUGGAGACAGAAUCUUGUUGAGCUACAGGCAGAAAAGGUCAAAGUCACACAGGAACUUGAAAGUAAAAUUGCUGAGAAGUCAACAGAGGUGGAUAGUUUGAUGCAGGAAUUGACUGAGGUCAGGGCUUCAGGUGAAGAGAAUCAAGAAAUCCUAAAAACAGAGUUGCAGAGUAAGACUUGCAGUCUGAUGCAGGUCACAAAGGAGAAGGAAGAAUUGCAACAGUCAAAGGCUCAGCUCCUCGAGGAACACCAACAACUGAUCACAGAUAAGGCAGAACUGCAACAGGCAAAGGCUCAACUUCUCCAUGAGCACCAACAGGAGAUCAAAUUGAAGGAAGAACUUCAGCAAGCACAGGCUGAGCUCCUUGAGAAACACCAACAGGAGAUCAGAGAAAAGGAAACGCUUCAGCAAGCACAGGCUGAGCUCCUUGAGAAACAUCAAGAAGAGAUCAAAGCGAAGGAAGAACUUCAGCAAGCACAGGCUGAGCUCCUUGAGAAACACCAAGAAGAGAUCAAAGCGAAGGAAGAACUUCAGCAAGCACAGGCUGAGCUCCUUGAGAAACACCAAGAAGAGAUCAGAGAGAAGGAAACGCUUCAGCAAGCACAGGCUGAGCUUCUUGCGAAACACCAAGAGGAGAUCAGAGAAAAGGAAACGCUUCAGCAAGCACAGGCUGAGCUCCUAGAGAAACACCAACAGCAGAUCAAGGAAACCGAAGCGCUUCAGCAAGCACAGGCUGAGCUCCUAGAGAAACACCAACAGCAGAUCAAGGAAACAGAAGCGCUUCAGCUAGCACAGGCUGAGCUCCUUGAGAAACACCAAGAGGAGAUCAGAGAGAAGGAAACGCUUCAGCAAGCACAGGCUGAGCUCCUAGAGAAACACCAACAGCAGAUCAAGGAAACAGAAACACUUCAGCUAGCACAGGCUGAGCUCCUUGAGAAACACCAAGAGGAGAUCAGAGAGAAGGAAACGCUUCAGCAAGCACAGGCUGAGCUCCUAGAGAAACACCAACAGCAGAUCAAGGAAACAGAAACACUUCAGCUAGCACAGGCUGAGCUCCUUGAGAAACACCAAGAGGAGAUCAGAGAGAAGGAAACACUUCACCAAGCACAGGCUGAGCUCCUUGAGAAACACCAACAGCAGAUCAGAGAGAAGGAUGCAGCUUUGUCAGACAUGACUGUUCGUCUUGAACAGCAUCAAGUGGGUCUCAGUGAGCGUGACAGUGAUGUGAUCAGUUUGAAAACUAAUGUAGCUCUAUUGUCACAGCAGGUGCAAGAACAGCAAGUGACACUGACAGAUAGGGAGACCCAUGUUCGUGAGUUGACUGAGAAACUCCAACAUCAACAGAUUACCUUGGCAGAGAAGGAUGCCUCUGUGAGUGAGUUGAUGGAGAAGGUUGAGUGUCUGACUCAUGAUGCUGCCCAACAACAAGGCGUAGUUGCUGAGAAACAGUCUGAACUGGAGGAGCUCCACAGUCUGGUUGAAACCCUGUCUUCUAAUGUUGACACACAGCAGAGUGUUAUUGCAGAAACUGAGACAGUCCUGGCUGAAGCCAAGUCUCAGAUACAGAUGUUAGGGGUUGAGAUGGAGCAGUGCAAACUGACAAUUGCUGAGAAAGAAUCCCUGGUUGUUGAUCUUUCAGAAAAAAUAAAUGACAUGACAAGUGACAAUAAGACAUUGUUUGACACCAUUACUGAGAAAGAUUCAACAUUAGCAGAGCAUGCAGCAAACAUUAAACAGUUAACUGUUACCAUUGAGCAACACCAACAGAUGCUGUUAGAGAAAGAACAGUUGCUAUGUUCAGCACAAGAAGAACAGCAGCAAUAUGAGUGUCGACUUGAGGAGCGAGAUGAGGAGCUGAGGAGGAUGAGGCAAGACGUGGAUGUCAUCACAACGAAAGCUCAGCAGGCUGAGGAGGAACUAAGGCAACAAGUGGUCUGUGUGAGGGAGGAGAAGGAGGACAUUGCUCUACAGCUGAAGGCAAGUGAGGCAUCUUUGGAAGAAACAGUUGGUGAUCUGAAGAAGCAGCUGGAGGUAAAGCAGCAGGAGCAGGACUCGCUGCGGCAGAAGAUGGAUGUGAGAGUCUCUGAGAUGCAGGCGCAGCUGGAGGAGGUGGCUUCUCUGAAGGACGGGGAGACUCAGGACUUUGUACAGAAGGAACAGAGGCUUUAUUCCGACCUGGCUGAAUUCAAGGACAAGAUAGAGGAGCUGAAACAUGAGCUGAAGACUGAGGUGGAGGGAUACGUGCAGCGGGAGAAGGAGCUGCAGGUGACGAUCAGUCAGCUGGAACACACAGUUGAGGAGGCCACCACAAACCUGGACUCACAAAAAGAUCAGUUUACAUCCAGGGAGCAGUAUCUGGAGUCCGAAAUAAACUUGCUGGAAAGCAAAGUGGGAGGUCUGGAGACCCAUCUUGAGGAGGUGAGGAGUGAGCAGGUCAGUCAACAGCAGGAGAUGAUGGAACAGCUUCAUUCUCUCCGGACUGAGGUGGAGACUGAAAGUGACACCAUCCAGUCCCUCUCGGACACCAUCUCUGAGAAGGACAAGCUGGUAGAGGAGCUUCAGCAGAAGGUUGUGGAGAUGGAGAGACAGGCACAGAGCAGUGAGGAGGAACGGAAAGUGUGGGUAGAGAAGCGUGAGUCUGAUGUCAAUGACAGAGAGGCUCUAACUGCUGAACUCAAACAGAAGCUGUGUCAGUAUGAGGAAAUGGUAAAAACAUUGAAGGAAGAACAUGAAACAGUAAUUGAAAGUAUUGAAGCUGAUAAAGAGGAAAGUCUGGCACUUCUUCAGAAUAAUUUUGAGGGGAAGACUGCAGUUCUCGAGUCAAGUCACAGUGAGGACAUGAAGAAACUUCGGAAGGGUUUCGAGGAGGAGAAGGCCUCGUUAAUCAGAAGCCAUGAAUCUCAGAUUGCUACAGCCACUAGUGCUGUGAUGGCCACUAAGGAAAGCAUCACCACAUUCCGGGGGAGACAGACAGACUACGAGGACACCAUCAAGGAACUCAAGGAGACUCAGAAGACUCUGGAAGAGGACUACGACAGGAGGGUUCAUGAGUGUGAAAACUACUGGACCAUGCAACUGUCAACCCUACAGGAGGAGUUUGAUGAUGCUAUGGCAGAGCGAAAGACCAACUUUGAGAACCAGUAUAAAGAAGAGGUAACUCGUCAGGAGGAUCAGAUUUCCUCUCUGAUGGAAGAGCAUGAAGGAUCUCUUCUCAGUCAGAAGGCUGUGCUUGAGGAGACCAUCUCAGACUUGAAGUGCAUGAUGGAGAGACAGAAGGCUGAUUAUGAGGAGAAGCUGUUGAGGAUGAAGGAAGAGGGCGAGAAAGCUGUGUCCAGUAUGGAGGAAGAUCACAAGAGCAAGUUGGCACAUCUACAUACCUGCUUGAAGGAGAUGGCUCAGAGUCAGCGAGAGAUGAAAAGCAACCUGGAAGAAAACCGCGAAAAGACGAAACAUCUAGAGACAUGUUUAACUGAGAGGAACAGAGAGUUGGAAGAAAAGAUGGUUGAGGAGCAGAUUGCCAAGGAGGAUGCUAUCCUUGCUGUGCAGAAAGAGUACAAGAUGAAGAUGGCACAGAUGGUUGAGGAGAAGGAGGGAAAGAUAUCAGAGUUAGAGGGUAUGCAGGUAACCAGGCAGCAGGAGUACGAGGCUAGUCUUCAGCAGCUGGAGGACAAGCUGACACAGCAGCAGCAACAGCUGGAGCAGGCACAACACGGAGAACAGACUGAGAAGUCCAGCCUGGAGAGUGAGGUGACGGAGCUGAAGACCCAGGUGACGGAAAUGUGUGUGCAGCUGCAACAGUCUCAGGAGGAGCGUGCAUCAGCAGUGCAGAAGGUGAUGCAGCUCAGACAGGAACUGGAAUCAGCCGAGUCCGAAUUUGCCUGUCAGUUAGAGUCAGAGAGGGGAGUGUAUGAGGAACAAAUGAACUGUCUCAAGUCCGAGAUCCAGAGUCUGAAGACAGACUAUUCCACGACAAGGGAUUCUCUCAAGCAGAGCACAUCAGAAACUGUUUCCCGCUAUGAAGCAGAGAUGAUGAGCCUCAAGCAGCAGCUGGCAGCUGUGGAGGAGGAGAAGGAGAUGGCGGACAAGGAGAAGGAGGAACUGAUGGCGCAGCAUGAGCGGGAGCUGUCCACGGCCCGGCGCCACACCGACACUGAUGUCCGCGCACUCAGGAUGGAGAAGGAGAGCCUGCAGACCCAGGUGGAGAUACUCCAGCAGAAGAAGGAACUAACGACGAGUAAGAUGUCUGACCUGGCCCAGGAAAUAAACAAAUAUGUCACUAGAUGUCAGCACUUUGAGAGUCAGUGUCAUGAGAUGGACCAUCGUUUGACAGAGCUGACAGAGCGAGAGCGCAACCUGAAGAAUGACAACGAGAAGUACCGCAGCCAGAAGGGGAAGAUGGAAGAGAAGUGCAAGGAGCUGGUUCAGAGGCUGCAGAGUCACGUGGAACGCGAGCAGAAGAUGGCACGGGACCACCACCAUGAGAUCACAGUGGCAUCCGAGCUGAACGCGAAGCUGCAGAAACACGCUGAGAAGCAUAAGACUCAGAUCAUGGAGCUACAAAAGUCUUCUCAUAGUUCCAAUGGCGAGCAUCAGAAGCUGGUGGACCAGGUGCGCCACUACCGAGAGCAAUACAGCAAGUACAAGGAGAGCAUGGAGACCAUGACCAAAGCGCUGGAGACACAGCGACACACAGCCGACAAACACAGACAGCGGGCAGAGAAACUUGACACAGACAUGUGUAAGAUGAGGGAGGAGAAUGUCCAGGCCAAGUCACUGGCUUCCAAGGUCCGUACCCUGGAGACCCAGCUGGAGUUUGCCGACCGUCAGGUACGGGAGUACCGGCAUCAGCUGGAUCAAGCAGGAACGGCUCUCCUCGGGGACACAAAUGCCUUCCAGAGACACAUGGAGCUCAGCGGCAACGACAGCUUCUCCAUCAACAUCGGGGGCCACAGCAGUGGUGAUACAGAGGGGAGCCUGGACGACUCGCUGGAGUCUGAGAAAGACAGCACGGUCAAGUACAACCUGCGCUCCAGCUCCCAGAGUUCCGAGGACAGGAAGCCCCUUAUCUCCAUCUCCCGGUCCAGCAUCAGCAGCUCCUCAACCACCUCCUCUGGCCUCACCCCGAGCUGCUCCUCCCUGUCCCUCCGCUCCACCAACAGCCGUGCAUCCCUCCGCAGCAUCUCCAGCGACAGACUCAACUCCACCGGCACAGCAUUCGGACUGCCACUUGGAACCGGUAAACUGUUCUCGUGUGAGGACGAGCCUCCGCUAGACUUUGAGUGGAACCGGCUGAGUGAGCUGAAGAGAAGGAAUACUCUGUGUCUACCUCACAUGAAGUCCUCCUACCCAGUCGAGACUCAGUCGUGUGAAAACAAGAAGUUUGAUGAUGAUGGCUUCAAGCGUGUGUCCGAUGCUUCCUUUCUCUCGAAGAAGAGGAAGCCCAACUCAAUGGAGAUAGAUGAGGGUCCAUCAAAAACCUUGCCCGAAGACCACAGAAAACAUGCUCGGUAUGGCACUGUGUAUCAGCGUCCUGGGCCACCAACACCGGCCAAUGGUCACUCCAUGACACGACGGAGCUCCGGACGUCUCAACCAGAGUCCAAAGACACCGGUCAGCACCCGGAGGAAGUCGAGGUCAAACUCUCGUACACCACGAGGCACUCUCAGACGCACUCCCAAGGGAGUGUCUCCACGAACAGCACACUCACCUCGCUGGGACAGUGAAAAUAAAGCCCCAGCUAAACUGGGGUCGUCCUUGUGUUUGCAGUCUGACCGGCGAGAGAGUAUCGCCUUCAGCAUCGGCUUCUCCCCUGUACACAACCAGGGGAUGCGGCGCGGCAUGAAGCGCCAGACUGGCUUCAUCCAGAAACAGCCGGAGGAGAAGAAGACCCAGCCUAGGCGACAGAAAAACCACCGGUGACAAGAAAACCUCUGGGCACGAGAAACUUCCUUCAGACUGGCUUGUAAUUGUAAAGAUAUUUGAUUUAACUGUUGAAAUGUCUCUGAAAGUAUAGUGCUUUAUUUUAUUACUGUAUUUUACAAUAAACCUUUUUAAAUGUUUUACGCUGUAUAAAUUAUGACAUUUUGUUAUGUUUCUGCUACAUGAUAUUAGGGCAUUUAUAUAACUGGGAAUAUUUAAUGUUGUACAGGUAUGUUUUAGUGUGUAAUUACAGUUUGUAUAUACCGAUGUACAUUCCGCAUAUAUACCACGCACCCAACCUACGGUACUCCCACUUCAACAAAUCAGUUUUCAAUCAUGAACCUAAUUCCGUGACUGAACAUUGUGAUGAUGGAAGCUUUCCAUCACUGUGCAAUACUAACGUGUUUGUAAAUGUCGUUCAUUUUCAUUUUCAUGUCCCAUAGGAAUAUUAUAAGACCAUUAUCAGAUAAUCAUUAUUCUUAUCAACUCUUUUCUGAUGUAUUAAGUAUGUAUAGUUUUAGUUUUCAAGAUCUGAUUCAUGUUAGGAAUGUCAACAUACUUAUUUUGAUAAGAAAAUGUUAUGAAAUAGUUAUAAUUAUGGAACAUAAAUGAAGUCAAAGGAUUGUCCAGUAAAAGCAAGACAGGACGUUGUAUGAAUAGAUAUAUGUAAUUAUCAAAUUUGGUUGUGAAGUCUAGUCAAUGUCCUGCCUUCUUUCCCCGUAGCUAGUUUAGGUGAAUCUAUUCUCUCGCCUCUGUCUAUCACCUCGUGUUCAUUUCAGACAACAUGGAGAUUCAUAUAGUGUAGCUUGACCAUCUGUAAAAACUUGUACAAAAUGUAUAAAAUGUCAUAUAACUAUA